UUUCCCCAAAACAAGUAUAGAAGCUAGAAUCAUCCCUUCUUUUUCCUUUUAAUAAUCCAUUAAUCCUAAUUAAAAAUUCCUAUACAACUAGAAUUAAAUUCCCACGCUUGCUUGCAUCUUAAUUUCAUCAAGAUUUAGUUGAAUUAAUUAAUUAAUUAUGCACUUAUUGCGGGGUUAGGCUAACAAAUUCCAAAUGAAUAAAACGGAACGGCUAUAUAUUAAAACUGUAUAAUUUGAAUUACAAAAAUCCCUUACUUUACGCACUCUCUCUCCCUUCUUCUUCCGUCCUAUAAAAAUAUCUCUCUUCUUCACAUUCCAUUUACGUGACUUGCUUUAUUUUUCCUUUUUCUAUAUAAAGCCAUUCAUCUGGUUUAUUAGGAAAUUUUAGGAAUAACGAAAGAGGAAUGGCGAAUAUAGGGAUAAUGGAUAGUGCGUAUUUUGUUGGGAGAAAUGAGUUAUUGACAUGGAUUAAUGCUAGGUUGCAGCUUAAUCUCACUCGCAUUGAAGAGGCUGCAUCUGGGGCUGUGCAGUGUCAGAUGAUGGACAUGACCUAUCCUGGAGCUGUUCCAAUGCACAAGGUCAACUUUGACGCAAAGACUGAAUAUGACAUGAUCCAAAACUACAAAGUGCUGCAAGAUGUUUUUAACAAGCUCAAAAUUGACAAGCAUAUUGAGGUUAACAGGCUUGUUAAGGGUCGUCCUUUGGAUAAUUUGGAGUUCCUGCAAUGGAUGAAGCGUUAUUGUGAGUCUGUAAAUGGUGGUAUUAUGAAUGAGAAUUAUAAUCCCCUGGAACGCAGAAGUAAGGUUGGGAGGGAACGAAAUGUGAAGAGCUCUCAGAGAACUGCAAAGUCACUGCAAACUAACAACUAUCAUAACCCAGGAUUAGGGGAAGGCAUUACUAAGAUUACAGGAAUAAAACAAGGAAGGUCAAGUCCAGUAAUGAGUGGGGUUAAUUCUUCAGCAGAGAUUCAGGCUUUGUCAAAGGAGGUUACAGAUCUCAAGCUCUCUAAUGACCACCUGGAGAAAGAAAGAGAUUUUUAUUUUGCUAAGUUACGAGAUAUUGAGAUUCUCUGUCAGAUUCCAGAUCUAGAAGAUGUCCCGAUGGCUGUGGCAGUUAAAAAGAUAUUAUAUGCUGCUGAUGCAAGAGAAUCAGCUUUGGCAGAAGCUCAAGAAGUUCUAAGUGACUCCGUGGAUGUAAAUUGAAAGCUGGGCUGGAAGUGGAAGAUGAUAAGUUGCUUGCAGUAGUUUCUUAAAUGUAGUUCAUCUUUUGGUGAAAUGUUGCCAAGCUUCUGCUGUGUAAUUUUUUUUUUUUUUGAGAAGAGUCUUUCUCUAAUGUUUACUUGAUGGAAAUACCUCCAGUGAAGCGGAUUUUGUAUUUCGACGUCAAGAGGCCAUAAUUAGUCAACUUUAAUAGAAAAAGUACCAUGAAGGUAA